AUGGCUCUGAGAAUAUCCCUCCUAUUUGCCGUGUGUGUUCUGGCUACCGACGGUUCCCGUUUCAUUCGGGCAGCAGAGGCCAAUGAGAUGUCCAUGUGCGGUCCCGGUAAAGGAUCAUGCGAAAUGGGCUCAUGUUGUUCAGAGAUGGGGUAUUGCGGCACUACGGAACAGUAUUGCUCAGGCUCUCAAUGCCAGUUGGACUACAGCCAUACUUGCCACACGCUAGUUCCCCCUCGUGGGAAGGACACCUCAGGAAUAACCCGUCGACAAGUCGGAAACGUCCCUUAUGGACCAAUGAUUACAGCUUGCAAACAGCCUGGCAUGGUAGCCUUGACAUUUGACGAUGGUCCGUACAUCUACACUACCGAAAUCCUGAACCUGCUUGACCGGCUCAAGGUCAAGGCUACUUUCUUCAUCACGGGUGACAACCGAGCCAAGGGACAUAUUGACGAUCCGGCGACUCGCUGGCCAAGCAUUAUACGUCGCAUGUACGACGCGGGACAUCAGAUUGGGAGCCACACCUGGACGCAUCGUGAUCUGAACCAGAUCAACGAGACGGUGCGGCGAGCUGAAAUCAUUCACAAUGAGAUGGCCAUACGGAACAUUCUUGGUUGGAUCCCCACGUACAUCCGGCCACCUUUCUUGGAGUGUUCCGCCAGAUCUGGGUGUGAGAAGACCAUGAGAGACUUGGUGUAUCACUCCAUCUCCACCAACUUGGACACAAAAGACUACAUGUAUGACGACCCAGCUCUCAUUCAAAGGGCAAAGGACCUCUACUCUAAUGGACUGUCAACCAAUCCACGGCAGAACUCAUACAUUGUCCUUGCACACGAUGUUCAUGAGCAAACCGUGUAUGAACUGACUCCACACAUGGUAAAGGUUGCUAGAGAGAGAGGCUACAAGCUUGUCACGGUAGGUGAAUGCCUAGGAGACCCCAGAGGUAACUGGUAUAGAUCAGCGGAAGACUCGCCAAAAUCCACCAGAAGCGAUAAAAAGAAAGACUCAUGUCCUGGUCCAAAAAAGCCAAUCGUCACGGAUAUCCCGCCCCCAAGGAAUACGACGAGCAAGAUAUCUCCCAACCAACGCUGCGGAGGAAGUACAGGAUACAUCUGUCCAGGCUCCGGCUUUGGAGACUGCUGCUCUCACUAUGGAUAUUGUGGAUCAACUCCCGAGUUCUGUGGCACAGGGUGUGACAAUGACUUCGGGGACUGCAACCCAAAUCCCCCAAGCAUCUGGGACACAACGAAUGGCUUAUGUGGCGCUCGGUUCUCUGCGACAUGCCUUAAUUUUGCAGGAAAGGCAUGCUGCUCCAAGUAUGGAUAUUGCGGCAACAAGACUGAGCAUUGUGGUGAAGGUUGCCAGGCAAAGUACGGCCGAUGCGAUUAG